CUUCACACAUUAACCAUCCGUUUAAGUUCGCGGUGUUGCUUGGAUCACUUAUUUUUCUUCAACCUUUUCCGUCGCCACCAACUGAUUGAAUAGUUGUGAUGUUGCUGAGCUUAGCGGUUCCCGCCUCCGCGAGGAGCACGAAUGCCCGAUUUCACCCCAUCUUUUCUGCUUAUUCGACUUCCAUCCGCCCCUCCUUCCUUAUCCGGCGAACUAGGCCUGUUGGAACCUUAAACCCAGCCCCAACUGCCCGCUGUCGACUCUUUGUUUGCACGGCCGCCUCGUCCUCGUCGCGUCAGCCGCAAGUUGAUUUGCGCGAGGCGAAAGCGAGAGGGAAUUCGAUGGGGUGGGGGAAGGUCUCUGGCGUCCUCUUCGACAUGGAUGGAGUUCUUUGCGAUAGCGAGGAGCCCUCACGAAUGGCCGCUAUCAGCGUUUUCGCUGAGAUGGGAGUCUCCGUCACUGCCGAUGACUUCGUGCCCUUCAUGGGGACUGGUGAAGUAAAUUUUUUAGGAGGUGUUGCUUCUGUGAAGGGGGUUAAGGGAUUUGAUCCCGAGAUAGCGAAGAAAAGGUUUUUUGAAAUUUACCUUGAUAAGUAUGCAAAACCCAAUUGUGGCAUUGGAUUUCCAGGGGCUUUAGACAUCAUAAUGGCGUGCAAGAGCAAGGGCCUCAAGGUGGCCAUUGUGUCAAGUGCUGACCGGAUAAAGGUUGAUGCAAAUCUGGCUGCUGCUGGCUUGCCAAUGGCACUAUUUGAUGCUAUCAUAUCUGCUGAUGCUUUCGAGAAUUUAAAACCUGCUCCAGAUAUUUUCCUAGCAGCAUCAAAAUGUUUGAAUGUCCCCCCCUCAGAGUGCUUAGUGAUUGAAGACGCCCUUGCUGGAGUUCAAGCUGCCAAAGCUGCAAAUAUGAGAUGCAUUGCUGUUACUACUACAUUGUCCGAAGAGCGAAUACAAGAAGCCAAUCCUUCACUUGUCAGAAAAAAUAUAGGAAAUAUUUCAAUUAAUGAUAUUCUAGAUGGUUGCAGCUCAGAUCAGAAGUCACAAAAUCAUCAAUAUUCUGCAUCUCUUGGUCAUUCCUACGCUGAGCGGCUGCCUGAAAAAGAAAUUGAUGGAUAUGUUCAGGAUAGGAGGGACGCCCAUUUUUCUGCCAGAUUUCAAGGUCCUCGGCGAGAUAUUCUGAGAUUUGGAAGUUUGGGAAUUGCCAUGUCAUGUCUACUUUUUGCUCUCUCAAACUUGAAGGCCAUGCAGUAUGCAUCUUUGAACGGAGUACUUAAUCUGUUUUCAUGGGGCAGAAAACCAGUAUUUGGACAGAAUGGAGAGCCCCGGUCAUCUAGAAUUCAACAUCUCAAAGGCUAUAUAUCUGAUUUAGAAUCCAGGGGGACUGCAUCAACCAUGCCUGAAUUUCCAACCAAGCUUGACUGGCUGAACACAGCUCCACUUCAAUUUUCCAGGAAUCUGAAAGGUAGGGUGGUUUUGCUGGACUUCUGGACAUAUUGCUGCAUCAAUUGCAUGCAUGUGUUGCCUGAUUUGGAAUUCUUAGAAAAGAAAUAUUCCGAUAAGCCUUUCACUGUUAUUGGAGUGCAUUCUGCAAAGUUUGAUAAUGAAAAAGAUCUUGAAGCCAUUCGUAAUGCUGUCCUGCGCUAUAACAUCACUCAUCCAGUGGUCAAUGAUGGAGAUAUGUAUUUAUGGCGAGAACUUGGGGUGAGCUCUUGGCCUACGUUUAUUGUUGUUGGCCCUACUGGAAAGAUUCUAGCUCAAUUAACUGGGGAAGGCCAUCGCAAGGAUCUUGAUGAUUUUGUAGAUGCAGCUCUUCAAUUUUACAUGGAAAAGAAUCUAUUUGGUGCAACACCUAUUCCACUGGCCCUAGAGAAAGAUGAAGAUCCUCGUUUAUUGAUGUCCCCAUUAAAAUUCCCUGGGAAGCUUGCAGUUGAUGCUCUUAAUAACAGAGUCUUCAUCUCUGACAGUAAUCACAACCGCAUUGUUGUAACAGAUCCUGAUGGAAAUUUUAUUAUUCAAGUUGGAAGCAGUGGGGAGGAGGCUUUACGUGAUGGUUCUUUCGAUGAUGCUUGCUUUAAUCGUCCACAGGGUCUUGCCUACAAUCCGAAGAAAAACACGUUAUAUGUUGCAGACACUGAAAACCAUGCUUUGAGGGAAAUUAAUUUUGUCAACGAAACUGUGAGAACUAUUGCAGGAGAUGGAACCAAAGGUUCUGAUUACAGUGGUGGAGGAAAAGGAGGAUCUCAGGUGCUUAAUUCUCCAUGGGAUUUAUGCUAUGAUGCUGUGAAUGAGAUAGUUUAUAUAGCAAUGGCUGGACAGCAUCAAAUUUGGGAGCACAAUAUAUCUGAUGGAACUACUAGAGCUUUUAGUGGUGAUGGUUUUGAGAGGAACUUAAAUGGUUCAAGUUCUUCGAGCACAUCCUUCGCACAACCUUCUGGGAUAUCACUUUCUCCUGUAAGGUCUCAGGUACUUUAUGUAGCUGAUAGCGAGAGCAGUUCCAUUCGAGCUGUUGACCUGAAAACAGGAGCAGCAAGCCUGUCAGCAGGAGGAGAUCCAAUAUUUUCUGAUAAUUUAUUCAGGUUUGGCGAUCUUGAUGGAGUUGGUUCCGAUGCACUUUUUCAACAUCCUAUGGGUCUCUUCUGCGGGUGUGAUGGUCAAGUUUAUAUAGCGGAUUCAUAUAAUCACAAGAUAAAGAAGCUGGACCCAUUAACUAAGAAAGUUGUAACAUUAGCUGGGACAGGACAUGCUGGGUUUAAGGAUGGCCCUGGUCUGUCAGCCCAGCUUUCUGAGCCAUCUGGAAUUACUGAAGCUGGAAAUGGAAAAUUUUUCAUUGCUGAUACAAACAACAGUGUAAUUCGAUGCCUAGACUUGAAUGGAAAAGUCCCUAUAUUAGGCACAUUAGAACUGAAAGGAGUGCAGCCACCAUCACCAAAGCGAGAGUUGCCAAAACGCCUGAGAAAAAGGGCUUCUGUAGAUACACAAAUAAUGAAAGUUGAUGGUGGCUCAUCUGCUGAGGGUUCCUUGGAACUUAGAAUUUCGGUUCCUAAAGGUUAUCAUUUCUCUAAGGAGGCCCUAAGCAAAUUUGAUACGGAAACUGAAUCUGCUGAUGCGAUUGUCUUUGAACCAAGUAGUGGAAUUAUUAGCACUACUGGAUCUGCAUCAUUGCGGUUCAUAAGGAGUUCCCACUCACCUGUAACCGGCAGAGUAAUGUGCAAGAUCUACUAUUGCAAGGAGGAUGAGUUAUGUCUCUACCAAUCUUUGGAAUUUGACAUAUCAUUCCUACCAGAAGUAUCUGGGUCUAACAUCGCUCACGUCUCACUGUCAUAUUGUGUUACACCAAAAGUUCCUGGCGGUAAAUCUCAACUUUUGUAUGGCAAAUAAACCUUAUUGAAAGUUUACAUGGGAGCUGUAAAUACUUUUAAUUGAAGAGUGGAAGGAGAUGUUAUAUGAACAUACAACUCGAUGAAAAACUUUCGAAAUGAAGGGCAGGAUUGUACAUAAUGAACCGUAUUAGGUAUUACUUGGUGCUGUAGCUAUUUACCAGUGUCUGCCUCCUGAUAUUGGUUGUACUGUAGUAUGGUGACGUGCUCAAUUCUUUGAAUAAUGCUUGUAAGAAAUGGCUUAUUAAGUGGUGUGCCCGGUUUGAAAUAAGACUUUUGGGGACUCUAUG